AUGAAUGCAAGAACGGGUGAGAGUGCUGAUGAUGUAGAGGGGGACAAUAGUGAUUACAUUACGGGUGAGAGUGCUGAUGAUGUAGAGGGGGAUGAUAGUGAUUACAUUACGGAGGGGGACAGUAGUGAUUACAUUACGGGUGAGAGUGCUGAUGAUGUAGAGGGGGACAAUAGUGAUUACAUUACGGGUGAGAGUGCUGAUGAUGUAGAGGGGGACAAUAGUGAUUACAUUACGGGUGAGAGUGCUGAUGAUGUAGAGGGGGACAAUAGUGAUUACAUUACGGGUGAGAGUGCUGAUGAUGUAGAGGGGGACAAUAGUGAUUACAUUACGGGUGAGAGUGCUGAUGAUGUAGAGGGGGACAAUAGUGAUUACAUUACGGGUGAGAGUGCUGAUGAUGUAGAGGGGGACAAUAGUGAUUACAUUACGGGUGAGAGUGCUGAUGAUGUAGAGGGGGACAAUAGUGAUUACAUUACGGGUGAGAGUGCUGAUGAUGUAGAGGGGGACAAUAGUGAUUACAUUACGGGUGAGAGUGCUGAUGAUGUAGAGGGGGACAAUAGUGAUUACAUUACGGGUGAGAGUGCUGAUGAUGUAGAGGGGGACAAUAGUGAUUACAUUACGGGUGAGAGUGCUGAUGAUGUAGAGGGGGACAAUAGUGAUUACAUUACGGGUGAGAGUGCUGAUGAUGUAGAGGGGGACAAUAGUGAUUACAUUACGGGUGAGAGUGCUGAUGAUGUAGAGGGGGACAAUAGUGAUUACAUUACGGGUGAGAGUGCUGAUGAUGUAGAGGGGGACAAUAGUGAUUACAUUACGGGUGAGAGUGCUGAUGAUGUAGAGGGGGACAAUAGUGAUUACAUUACGGGUGAGAGUGCUGAUGAUGUAGAGGGGGACAAUAGUGAUUACAUUACGGGUGAGAGUGCUGAUGAUGUAGAGGGGGACAAUAGUGAUUACAUUACGGGUGAGAGUGCUGAUGAUGUAGAGGGGGACAAUAGUGAUUACAUUACGGGUGAGAGUGCUGAUGAUGUAGAGGGGGACAAUAGUGAUUACAUUACGGGUGAGAGUGCUGAUGAUGUAGAGGGGGACAAUAGUGAUUACAUUACGGGUGAGAGUGCUGAUGAUGUAGAGGGGGACAAUAGUGAUUACAUUACGGGUGAGAGUGCUGAUGAUGUAGAGGGGGACAAUAGUGAUUACAUUACGGGUGAGAGUGCUGAUGAUGUAGAGGGGGACAAUAGUGAUUACAUUACGGGUGAGAGUGCUGAUGAUGUAGAGGGGGACAAUAGUGAUUACAUUACGGGUGAGAGUGCUGAUGAUGUAGAGGGGGACAAUAGUGAUUACAUUACGGGUGAGAGUGCUGAUGAUGUAGAGGGGGACAAUAGUGAUUACAUUACGGGUGAGAGUGCUGAUGAUGUAGAGGGGGACAAUAGUGAUUACAUUACGGGUGAGAGUGCUGAUGAUGUAGAGGGGGACAAUAGUGAUUACAUUACGGGUGAGAGUGCUGAUGAUGUAGAGGGGGACAAUAGUGAUUACAUUACGGGUGAGAGUGCUGAUGAUGUAGAGGGGGACAAUAGUGAUUACAUUACGGGUGAGAGUGCUGAUGAUGUAGAGGGGGACAAUAGUGAUUACAUUACGGGUGAGAGUGCUGAUGAUGUAGAGGGGGACAAUAGUGAUUACAUUACGGGUGAGAGUGCUGAUGAUGUAGAGGGGGACAAUAGUGAUUACAUUACGGGUGAGAGUGCUGAUGAUGUAGAGGGGGACAAUAGUGAUUACAUUACGGGUGAGAGUGCUGAUGAUGUAGAGGGGGACAAUAGUGAUUACAUUACGGGUGAGAGUGCUGAUGAUGUAGAGGGGGACAAUAGUGAUUACAUUACGGGUGAGAGUGCUGAUGAUGUAGAGGGGGACAAUAGUGAUUACAUUACGGGUGAGAGUGCUGAUGAUGUAGAGGGGGACAAUAGUGAUUACAUUACGGGUGAGAGUGCUGAUGAUGUAGAGGGGGACAAUAGUGAUUACAUUACGGGUGAGAGUGCUGAUGAUGUAGAGGGGGACAAUAGUGAUUACAUUACGGGUGAGAGUGCUGAUGAUGUAGAGGGGGACAAUAGUGAUUACAUUACGGGUGAGAGUGCUGAUGAUGUAGAGGGGGACAAUAGUGAUUACAUUACGGGUGAGAGUGCUGAUGAUGUAGAGGGGGACAAUAGUGAUUACAUUACGGGUGAGAGUGCUGAUGAUGUAGAGGGGGACAAUAGUGAUUACAUUACGGGUGAGAGUGCUGAUGAUGUAGAGGGGGACAAUAGUGAUUACAUUACGGGUGAGAGUGCUGAUGAUGUAGAGGGGGACAGUAGUGAUUACAUUACGGGUGAGAGUGCUGAUGAUGUAGAGGGGGACAGUAGUGAUUACAUUACGGGUGAGAGUGCUGAUGAUGUAGAGGGGGACACUAGUGAUUACACUCCAGUUGAUGACGACUAUGCUGUAGAUCAUGUUGUACCUCAUUGUUCAUUAGACCUAGCUCGAGUGAAUGAAAACGGUCAUAAACUUCUUGAUUUCUGUAAAAUGUCAGGUCUGAGAAUUGCAAAUGGCAGGAUUGAGUCAGCGGAACAACAACGUGCUAUAAUCGCCCAAAAGGAACAGGCCAAUAUGGUAACGGCAGUUAAACAGGCAAUAACAGAACAGGAUCAAGGGAUCACCCAAUGCAUCAAAGUCAUUUACUGGCAAAGGAUUCCACUGAGUAGACCUCGCUGA